AAUGGAGAGCCACGCUGCUCUAGUUAUUAUGCCACAGGAGCCGAGUUAGGCCAAACCCGGCGGCUGCCGCCUGCUCUGUGGGUAUCGCCCAGGCGGCGGUUGCUGCCUUGGCCUUUGUCCCCCUCAGGCUCUGCCUUCCUCCACCUCCUUUCCUCUCGGCUGUCUGCGCACAAGCCGGCGGAUCCUACGGCAGCUACGAGUGACUCGCUGCGUGCCGCCACCACUGCCUCGCUUUCUACCCCGGGGUUCCUCCAGCACCACCGUUUCCCCCUUCCCGGGGGUUUCACUUCUGCCGGGGGAGGAGGAGGAGGGGGACUUAAUACCGCCGCGGCCGGACUCGUCUCCUGCCCCCCCUCCCGAUACUCCCCCAACACCAUAGGCGGCUCAGGCACCAAGAUGUCCAACCGAGCGCUCUGCCGGGAGGCCAGCCAUGCCGGCAGCUGGUACACGGCCUCAGGUACGAGCUGGGUCACAAGCCUCCGUAGGUGGGUGUCGGAGAUUCAAAAAAAAGCCUCAAAGAAAGUGUCUUUUGUUUUUGGCAGACACGCAGGAUAUACUUACUGUGGGUCUUGUGCAGCUCAUGCAUACAAACAAGUGGAUCCUUCAAUUACACGGCGAAUCUUCAUCCUUGGGCCUUCCCAUCAUGUGCCCCUCUCCAGAUGUGCACUUUCCAGUGUGGAUAUAUAUAGAACUCCCCUAUAUGAUUUACGAAUUGAUCAAAAGGUUUAUGCAGAUCUGUGGAAGACUGGAAUGUUUGAGCGCAUGUCUUUGCAAACAGAUGAAGAUGAACACAGUAUUGAAAUGCACUUGCCUUACACUGCUAAAGCCAUGGAAAGGUACACAGAUCAUUUUAAAACUGCAGAUAUCAAAUUGCAAAUCAUCAUCAUCAUCAUCAUCAUCAUCAUCAUCAUCAUCAUCUAUAGGUUCAGAUACAGUUACUAUGAUGAGUCUCAAGGAGAGAUUUAUAGAUCAAUUGAACACUUAGAUAAAAUGGGUAUGAACAUUAUAGAACAGCUUGACCCUGUGUCCUUUAGCAAUUACUUGAAGAAAUACCAUAAUACAAUAUGUGGAAGACAUCCUAUUGGUGUUUUAUUAAAUGCUAUCACAGAGCUCCAGAAGAAUGGAAUGAACAUGAGCUUUUCAUUUUUGAAUUAUGCUCAGUCAAGCCAGUGUCGAAACUGGCAAGAUAGCUCAGUGAGUUAUGCAGCAGGAGCAUUAAUGGUCCACUGAACCUCUGACUACUCAGGGAUGACACCUGCACACUCAAUGGGGUCCCAGCCUUGCCCUUGCAAAGAUGCAGUUCCUGAUCUUUGGGUAUACUGAAACCUCAAACUAAUAGAACUCUUCUUUUUUUUCUAGUAGGUGUAGUCCUUCCUUAGUUACAACUCAUUUUAAAAAUGCUUUCUUGUUUAGGACAAGGGAGGAAGGCUGGUGUCAAAAUGUUGUGACUUCUAAAAAAACCAGUGGCUAUAAAGGUAUGGUGACAGACGGUCCUUGCAAAAUACAACAUGUAAAGCAUUUACCACAUCCCAGAUUUGCACUCUGCAGACCUGUGCACAUACUCUGCUUUCAGAAUAGUUUUGCAAGUUUAAACAGAAAAGGAUGGAAGCUUUUUAAUUAAAAAAAUGCAUUUAUAAAAGAUCCUGUAUUAGAAUAUAAUAAAACUCCAGUAUAGUCAAUUACUACCCGUGUUGUACAACAAAUAUAUUCUAUUUUAGUUGCUAAUAAAGGGCUGCACAACCAAAA